CGCGUGGAUGGGAUGGAAGCGGGACCCUCGGGAGCAGCUGCAGGCGCAUACCUGCCACCAUUGCAGCAGGUCUUUCAAGCGCCGCGUCGGCCCGGGAUAGGAACGGUUGGGAAGCCCAUCAAGCUCUUGGCCAACUACUUUGAAGUGGACAUUCCCAAGAUUGAUGUGUAUCAUUAUGAAGUGGAUAUCAAACCCGACAAAUGUCCACGCAGAGUCAACAGGGAAGUCGUGGAGUACAUGGUACAGCACUUCAAACCGCAGAUCUUCGGCGACCGAAAGCCAGUCUACGAUGGGAAGAAGAACAUCUACACUGUCACGGCCUUACCCAUUGGAAACGAGCGGGUUGACUUUGAGGUGACGAUCCCAGGGGAAGGCAAGGACAGGAUAUUUAAGGUCUCCAUCAAAUGGAUGGCCAUCGUGAGCUGGCGCAUGCUGCACGAGGCCCUGGUCAGCGGGCAGAUCCCCGUCCCCCUGGAGUCCGUCCAGGCGCUGGAUGUGGCCAUGAGGCACCUGGCUUCCAUGAGGUACACUCCCGUCGGCCGCUCCUUCUUCUCCCCCCCCGAAGGCUACUACCACCCCCUGGGAGGCGGCAGGGAGGUCUGGUUCGGUUUCCACCAGUCGGUCAGGCCUGCCAUGUGGAAGAUGAUGCUCAACAUUGAUGUGUCUGCCACCGCCUUCUACAAAGCGCAGCCUGUAAUCGAGUUCAUGUGCGAGGUGCUGGACAUCCGGAACAUCGACGAGCAGCCGAAGCCCCUGACGGACUCGCAGAGAGUGCGUUUCACCAAGGAGAUCAAAGGUCUGAAAGUCGAGGUUACCCACUGCGGGCAGAUGAAGAGGAAAUACCGCGUGUGUAACGUUACCAGGCGGCCAGCCAGCCACCAGACGUUUCCCCUGCAGCUGGAGAGCGGUCAGACAGUGGAGUGCACAGUGGCUCAGUACUUUAAGCAGAAAUACAACCUGCAGCUGAAAUAUCCCCACCUACCCUGUCUCCAGGUUGGCCAGGAGCAGAAGCACACGUACCUGCCCUUGGAGGUGUGCAACAUUGUGGCAGGCCAGCGGUGCAUCAAGAAGCUCACAGACAAUCAAACGUCAACCAUGAUAAAAGCAACAGCCAGGUCUGCCCCAGACAGGCAAGAGGAAAUUAGCCGCCUGAUGAAGAACGCCAGCUACAACCUGGAUCCCUACAUUCAGGAGUUUGGGAUCAAGGUGAAGGAUGACAUGACGGAGGUGACGGGGAGGGUCCUGCCGGCGCCCAUCCUGCAGUACGGAGGCAGGAACCGGGCCAUUGCAACUCCCAACCAAGGCGUGUGGGACAUGCGAGGGAAGCAGUUCUACAACGGCAUUGAGAUCAAAGUCUGGGCGAUUGCUUGCUUUGCCCCGCAGAAGCAGUGUCGAGAGGAGGUGCUGAAGAACUUUACGGACCAGCUGCGCAAGAUCUCCAAAGAUGCAGGGAUGCCGAUCCAAGGCCAGCCCUGUUUCUGUAAAUACGCCCAGGGUGCAGACAGCGUGGAGCCCAUGUUUCGACACCUCAAGAACACCUAUUCAGGGCUUCAGCUCAUCAUUGUCAUCCUGCCAGGGAAAACGCCGGUGUACGCCGAGGUGAAGCGCGUUGGGGACACCCUCCUGGGAAUGGCCACGCAGUGCGUCCAGGUCAAGAACGUGGUGAAAACCUCCCCGCAGACCCUUUCCAACCUCUGCCUCAAGAUCAACGUCAAGCUUGGCGGGAUCAACAACAUCCUUGUGCCUCACCAGCGCUCUGCCGUCUUUCAGCAGCCGGUGAUCUUCCUCGGGGCCGAUGUCACUCACCCGCCGGCAGGAGAUGGGAAGAAACCUUCCAUAACGGCUGUUGUGGGCAGCAUGGACGCCCACCCCAGCCGGUAUUGUGCCACGGUGCGCGUGCAGCGUCCUCGCCAGGAAAUCAUCGAGGACUUGUCCUACAUGGUGAGGGAGCUCCUCAUCCAGUUCUACAAAUCCACCCGGUUCAAACCCACCAGGAUCAUCUUCUACCGCGACGGCGUUCCCGAGGGGCAGCUCCCACAGAUCCUUCACUAUGAGCUCCUAGCAAUCCGAGACGCCUGCAUCAAACUGGAAAAGGAUUACCAGCCUGGCAUCACCUACAUCGUCGUCCAGAAAAGGCAUCACACCCGUCUCUUCUGCGCAGACAAGAAUGAGAGGAUUGGGAAGAGCGGGAACAUCCCAGCAGGAACAACAGUGGAUACAAAUAUCACCCACCCCUUUGAGUUCGACUUCUACCUGUGCAGUCAUGCAGGCAUUCAGGGUACGAGCCGGCCAUCCCAUUACUACGUGCUCUGGGAUGACAACCGGUUCACCGCGGAUGAGCUGCAGAUCCUCACGUACCAGCUGUGCCAUACCUACGUGCGGUGCACCCGCUCGGUCUCCAUCCCGGCCCCGGCGUACUACGCCCGACUGGUGGCGUUCAGAGCGCGGUACCAUCUCGUGGACAAGGAGCACGACAGUGGCGAGGGCAGCCAUAUAUCUGGACAGAGCAACGGCAGAGACCCCCAGGCCUUGGCGAAGGCUGUGCAGGUUCAUCAGGACACUUUACGUACCAUGUACUUUGCUUGAAAGCCUAACUUUUGUUACCUCACUCAAGAAAGCUUUCAGAUUUGUAGGAGCCAUACAAAAAAGGAAGCAUUGGGACACCUUGUUUUUUUUCCAAUGAGAAAUCACUGCAGGGCAGGCAGCGUCGAUUCGAGGCAGGAGACCAGCACCACGGGACAGAAAGAUCCAACACCUUUGUAGGAUUGGAAGAGACUGAUGAUUAUUUUUUUAAUUUUUCUGGCUUUGCAAAAUUUUGACCUGACCAAACACAUGAAGGCAUUCAAGGAAGGGAUAAAACUCCCAGGAGGCGGAAGCAGGUUUUCAUUUUUAAGAUGCAAUACUAUAGACUCCUGACUGUGAAAUGGCGGAUUUGGUCCUCCGUUGCCCACCAGGCGCUGUCCCAAGUGUCUGUUACCCUGUAACUGUUGGCAGAAGACCUAAAUAAAAGCAAUGUGAAUAUGUUGGGGUGACA